AGAGCUGAAUUUGACGUCCACCAAGCUCUUUUAAGGUUGUGGACAUGGUGUCCAAAAAUCCACACCCUCCAAAUUGUUAAGCGAUUUCCACCUCAUCAUUGGAACCAAAUCCCUUACCAUAUCAAUUCAUGAGUUCUCUGCCUGUCUGAUCCGUCUCUGUAGGGAUUGUUGCCAUCCAUGGAUUACGAACAGCGUAAGUCAAUGAGAUGCAGUCGCGUCUAACUUCGUGAACUUGCACAAAGCUGAGGAGCGAAUUAUAAAGCCGUUGAUUUGUUGCCUCAUGGCGUGAAGAGGAGCUGAGCUUGGUGGAAGAUGACGAGCUCGGUGGCUGGAGCUAGCGGAGGAGCAUCUGGAAGUGGAGCAGGGAAGAAUGUGAAAUCAGGUGGAACGGCGAUCUCACAGCCCGAUAGCAGUUUGAAGAGGAAGCGAGGGCUUUUCAGCAAGGAUUUGCGGCUGAUGAUGUAUGGUUUUGGAGAUGAUCCUGAUCCAAUGCCGGAGACAGUGUCAUUGGUGGAAGAUAUUUUGCUCGAUUAUAUAACGGACACGAUUCACAAAGCUCAAGAUGUUGCAGUUCGAAGGGGAAAGCUAGCCACAGAGGAUGUUAUGUUUCUGGUGCGGAAGGAUGCUCGAAAAUUUGCUCGAGUUAAAGAACUUCUUGCUAUGAAUGAAGAGCUGAAGCGAGCACGGAAGGCUUUCGAGGUGGACGAAGAGAAGUUUGCGAAUGAGGAAUGAUGCCGUGAAUCCUGCAACAGUGUAACCCUAAUUCUUGUUAAGAAGACCAAUCUUGUCCUUCUUUCUUUGAAAGAUUUCGCUGCAACAUGGGGCCAUCCAGCAAUAUCCUUGGAGAUGACUCCAAUUACAUUAACUAGCUUGUGCUCAGCGCAAAUUACCAGUACACAUCAAAGCAUGAAUUUGGAGAUCUGGUAUGCUCAUACACGGUGAGAAUAUCCUAUGAGUCCUGCACUAACUAGAAUGCAGACCAUAUUAGCGCGAGACUCAGUUUAGAUCCUCGCAUUAUGUCCAUCGUAAGCGAAGUCGGGAUUAUUGGAUUCAGCACAUUGAAUGUAUCAAUGUUAAAGCAUGCUCCACUUCUGUCGUUCAGAAAGAGCAGACUAUGCGAGCUGAGUUAGGAAGGUUCAUAGCGAGAGGGUGAUACUAAGAGUGGCAGAGAAUAGGAUUGCAUGACUGUAUUCUAGGGUUUUGACACAAUCACACCUCCCUGUCUUGGGAGGUUGUAGGAUGUGGGAGCUUUGGAUGGAUAAUUGCCGACGAAAUUGUGGCGAGAGGCCCAACUUGACUGGCUAUUCUUGCAGACAUUGAGAUUCAAUAGCAUACGAAGAGUUUUUGCUCUGAUGACGGUAACUUGCUGCUAUUUAACUGGUUCUUCAGUUGUCAUACUGAAGGUCGGAUUACUGUUUUGCAUAACUUCAUACCACUAGCUUCCGUCAUUUUGUUUCAAAUGAAUUCUAGGUUUCCCCUGCG